GGCGGCGCUCGCUAUGGAGCACGUGACGGAGGGGUCCUGGGAGUCGCUGCCGGUGCCGCUGCACCCCCGGGUGCUGGGCGCGCUGCGGGAGCUGGGCUUCGCGUACAUGACGCCGGUGCAGUCCGCCACCAUCCCGCUCUUUCUGAAAAAGGACGUCGCGCCCGAAGCGCGAGCCCUACCCCUGCAGGAGCAGGGACCCCCAGGUCCGCACACAUCCACUCGUCUGCCUGCAUCUCCCUGGCAUCUCGCAGCGGUUGCAGACACGUCUAAAAUGGGGGCUUGGGAUUUCCACCUGCACGUCACCUGGAGUUCCCCGUUCAUCUGUCCUCCCGCUCACGUGUCUCCUUUCUCUCCACUGGGAUCUAGUGGGAACAUCAUUGUGGCGACGCCCGGACGCUUGGAGGACAUGUUCCGGAGAAAGGCCGAAGCUGUGGACCUGGCCAGCUGCGUGAGGUCCCUGGAUGUCCUGGUGUUGGAUGAGGCAGACAGACUUCUGGACAUGGGGUUCGAGGCCAGCAUAAACAGCAUCCUGGGGUUUUUGCCCAAGCAGAGGAGAACGGGCCUGUUCUCGGCCACCCAGACGCAGGAGGUGGAGAACCUGGUGCGAGCUGGCCUGCGGAACCCCGUGCGCAUCUCUGUGAAGGAGAAGGGUGUGGCGGCCACCAGCACCCAGAAGACCCCCUCGCGCCUGGAGAACCACUACAUGGUGUGUAAGGCAGAUGAGAAGUUUAAUCAGCUGGUCCAUUUUCCUUCGCAAUCAUAAGCAGGGAAAAGCACCCUGUUCUUCUUCAGCACCUGUGCCUGCGUGGAAUACUACGGCAAGGCCCUGGAGGCGCUGGUGAAGGGCGUGGAGAUCAUGUGUCUUCACGGGAAGAUGAAGUUCAAGCGCAACAAGAUCUUCAUGGGCUUCCGCAAGCUGCAGAGCGGGGUCUUGGUGUGCACGGACGUGAUGGCCCGCGGCAUAGACAUCCCCGAGGUGAACUGGGUGUUGCAGUACGACCCCCCCAGCAGUGCCAGUGCCUUCGUGCAUCGCUGUGGCCGCACUGCGCGCAUCGGCCAUGGUGGCAGCGCACUGGUGUUCCUCCUCCCCAUGGAAGAGUCCUACGUCAACUUCCUCGCAAUCAACCAAAAGUGCCCCCUGCAGGAGAUGCAGCCACAGAAGCACACGGCGGACCUCCUCCCGAAGCUGCGGGCCAUGGCCCUGGCCGACAGGGCCGUGUUUGAGAAGGGCAUGCGGGCCUUCGUGUCCUUCGUCCAGGCCUACGCCAAGCACGAGUGCAGCCUCAUCUUCAGACUCAAGGAUCUGGACUUUGCUGCCCUGGCGCGAGGCUUCGCUCUGCUCAGGAUGCCCAAGAUGCCGGAGCUGAGGGGAAAGCAGUUUCCAGACUUUGUGCCCGUGGACGUCAACACGGACACCAUUCCAUUCAGAGAUAAGAUCAGGGAGAAGCAGAGGCAGAAACUGCUGGAGCAGCAGAGGAAGGAGAAGACAGAAAACGAAGGGAGGAGAAGAUUCGUGAAAAAUAAAGCUUGGUCGAAGCAGAAGGCCAAAAGGGAGAAGAAGAAAAUGAAUAAGAAAAGGAAAAGGGAAGAGGUAAAGCGGGAGGUUUGACUAUUUAUCUGCCUUGGAAUUCUGAGCCCGGGCCCUGGAGGGAGUGUCUUCUGAUAGGAUUGCCAGGGGUGCUCAGUUCUGUGUUACGAGG